AAUCUUGUAAUCUCUCUCCCCGACAACUCAUCCCCUCUUUCUCUCUCUAAACCCCCCUUCACUCACUUGCCUUUUUAUUAUAGUUUCAGGCAGCAAUAUUAAUUUGAUGUUCUCCCUCUGAGAAAUUAUUGUUCUCUCCGGAGGGGUCUUCUUCUCUUUGUCUCUUGUUCUUCCGGGGGGGGAGUUGGGUUGGUCUGUCUCUGUGGGUGGCGUCCUUGUUUACCUGGUUAACCUGCCCCUUUGGACGAAUCAAUCUGUUAAAGCAACCAUGGCUUCUUCUGGCGAGAACAACCCCAUUAACCCCGUCGUCAGGCCCGCCGCAAAAGUUGUCCCCACGAGGCAGACCAGGAGGGCGCUCAGUGUCAUCAACCAGAACCUGGUCGGGGCUCGAGCUUUCCCCCAUGUCAUCACCAAGGGAGGCCUCCAGGGGAAGGAAGCGGUCUCCGGCAAGACACAGCAGCCUGCUCCGGCAGCUCACAGACCGAUCACGAGGAAAUUCGCGGUGCAAUUGGCGAACUCGCAGCAAGUGUGCCCCGAGAAGGAAACUGAGAAGGCAAAGCCGUCAAUACUGGACUUGAACAACGACUUUGGGGAUUGCAUAUUCAUAGACACAGAUGAAUCGACGGAAAACAGCGAGCCAGUCCCAAUGUCCUUCGAACUUCCUGAACAGGGGAAGCCAGAAGAAGCUGGUGAUUACAUGGAUGAAGUGGAAAUGGAAGACAUAGAGGAGGAGGAGGAGGAGCCAAUUAUGGACAUUGAUGGAAGGGACAAGAAGAACCCACUUGCAGUUGUUGAUUAUGUUGAAGACCUGUAUGCUUACUACAGGAAGAUGGAGAACUGUAGCUGUGUCUCCCCGGACUAUAUGUCAAAGCAAUUUGACAUCAAUGAGAAGAUGAGGGCAAUACUCAUCGACUGGCUCAUCGAGGUCCACGACAAGUUCGAUCUGAUGCAAGAGACGCUGUUCCUGACUGUCAACAUCAUAGACAGAUUCUUGGCGCGGCAAACUGUUGUUAGGAAGAAACUCCAGCUGGUCGGGCUGGUUGCAAUGCUGUUGGCCUGCAAAUACGAGGAAGUGUCUGUUCCCAUGGUCGGGGACUUGAUCCUCAUCUCGGACAAGGCUUAUACCCGAGACGAUAUUCUCGAAAUGGAAAGCUUGGUGCUUAACUCGUUGCAGUUCAACAUGUCGCUGCCAACUCCAUACGUCUUCAUGCAAAGGUUCCUCAAGGCUGCUGAAUCUGACAAAAAGCUCGACCGGCUAGCUUACUACCUAAUGGAGCUGUCGCUCGUGGAGUAUGAGAUGCUCAAGUUUCCGCCAUCCCUCUUGGCCGCUGCAGCAAUCUUCACCGCCCACUGCACUCUCUACGGCUUCAAGCAGUGGACUCGAACCUGCGAGUGGCACUCCCAGUACUCUCAGCACCAUCUCCUUGAAUGUUCGAGGCUGAUUGUCGGGUUCCAUGAGAGGGCAAGGACAGGGAAACUGACUGGGGUUUACAGAAAGUACUUUACGCCGAAGUUUGGUUACACAUCGAAAUGUGAACCUGCAGUCUUCCUAAUAUCAGACACUGAACAGCAACAGCAACAAUAACACAGGGGCGAUCUUCCUGUACAGAGUUUGUUCGUUCGAAACUAACUUCUCCAUAUGAAGUCGAAGACAACUCGGGUCGAUAUUCUGGUCGUUGGGGAUGAUAUUGGAAGAACCUUUAUUGGAGCCCAUUAAAAAAUAACUCAGCAACUUGAGGUUGCUUUGAUGGGAUGUAGUCUGAUUUCCUUCUUUCCAAAGCCAACCUUUGGUUGUUGUUAAUCAAUAUCCACCAUGUUACUAAGAAAAUUGAAUGAGACCGUUACAGAAUAAAGAUCAAAUUCUUCCUA